AUGGAUAAGACUAAUAAUCCUUGUGCUGCAAUGCUCGAACAACUUCAUACGCUUGAGCAAUCUAUCCAUAUUCUCACUCUAGUUAAUAAUGAUCUUCGCCAAAUUCUUCGUAAACACAAGCCCCUUCCGAAAUUUAUUCGAGAAGCACUCAAGCAGUCAACUAUUAGUAAAUCGAAAGCAACUUCUGCUCUUCCGCCUGCACCUCCUUCACUUCCACCAACAGAAACGGAAGAAAUGCGUCUGGCUGCAAGUGUUAUUGAUAAAGCUAAGCGUACUAUAGAAAAUAUUGGAGAAAAGAAAUCCAAACCGUCGCCACUUAUCGUCCCGCCAAUUCUACCUCCAACUCAAUCGAAUUCCAGCCGUCCGAAAACGGCAAUAUCAUCAACUCGCCCACCUUCAGCCAGGUCGACUACAUCAAAUCCUUCUGAACCUCAGCAGUCCACACAACCGCCAGUGCGUCGUUAUGUUCCCGCUCAUAUCAAAGCACCAUUUCUAACUCAACCUGAAAGGAAACGUCGGCCAGGUUCCACAGUCCGUAACAGUUCACAAACGAAUCCUAAUCAAAGAACGAGUGCAACACAACGAUCUGCCAGCCAACAACGACAACUAUCAUCUACCAGUGUCCCUCAACAAGUCACACAAACACUAGCCAUUCCAUCGGCACAACCAGUCGAAACAAAUUCGAUAAAUGGCAAUCCACAUGUCGAUGCUACAAGCCAGGAAAUAGUUCUUCCAAAUCUCACAUCUGUUCAUACAACUUUUCAGGAACCAGUUGACAAUUCUCAGGAAACUAUCGAUAUUAAUAUAUCUCCUGUUCCCGAUUCAAUUAUACUCAACCGAACUUUAGUCAAACCAUUACGACGUUUAUGGAAACAAAAUCAAACGCUUCGUGUUCGAUUGAAACGCGAUCUCGAAAAAAAAUCAAUACGCAAACCUUCAUUUAUCGAUCGAUUAGAUGAACAAAUUCAUUCAUCGAUAACUAUUGACCAAAUGCAUGUGCCAAAUAUUGAAGUAUUACUACAAUUAGCUGCUAAACUACGUGCUAUCAUACUUCAUUUGCUCGAAACCUCGAAAUUCGAUGAUCUUGGUAGCACAUUGAAGCGUUUGAAUACAUUAAAACAUCUUGCUAAUCAAUACCGAUAUCUAUUCAUCGGAAAUAGUAAUAUUCUUGUUUCUAUCCAACGUCCACAAGCGAUAAACACGAAUAUAAACAUCGAUGAAUGGCUAAAUAAACCGAAAGAAUCCAGAUUGAACCGUACAACUAUCCGAUAUACUGACGACAGUCAAUUGAUUGCGUUCACUGAAGUACGCUUCAAACAAUUUGAGAAUGAAUGUCGAUUGAUCGAGUUAAAUUGGCAUGAGCAACUAAUCAAUCAGUUCAAACAAACAGUCUCCAAUCCCGAUCAAAAUCCUCUUCGAAUCUACCGAGAAUUGAUGUCUCUUGUAACCGGUUUACAAACGUCCACUCCGAUUGUUGUAGAAAACAGACACGAAUGA